AUGGUGGGUGCCCGGUGCAUCGUGUUCGAUCUCACCUACCAGCAUGUGUGGUCCAAGUUCUUGGCCUUCCUGUGUUUCCUCAACGCGACGUUGCUGCUGGGCGAGGAGAGCUUCUAUUCCAUACUGUCGCAGCUGCCAUCCUCCUCCAGCUGCGUCCGGAAUCACCAUGUCGGCUUCUGCAACCAGACUGGCGACCAAGUGUUCCGGGACGCGCGGAUUCAGGUGGUGUUGAGCCCAGUGGAGAGCGAGACGCUGCAGUUGGAGUUCCCCAGCGUGAGAACCCUCUGGGUGGUUUUAGUUGUUGCCGUUGCAAACUCCAGGUACAUGAACAAGCUCCAGGCUUGGAUCGUCUGGACGCUCGCGGCGCUCGGCGCAUUCCUCUGCUCCGCACACGCAGCCAUCACGCUGGUGGACCUUGCACACUGCGGCCCAGGCUCCCCAGAGCAUGCGAUAGACUGGGAGACCUUGGAUGGAAGCUGGGGGACAACGCAGGAGCUGCUCGGCGAGAGGCACGCGCCGCUGGCCAGCGCAAAGCGCGUCGCGGAGUACUGCUGGGUGCCUCCGCGCCCCCGCCAGGGUCCGCGCCCGCCGCGGCCGCCCCCACCCGAUGAUGAACAUGAAGGCGAAAUGAAGCAGCGGACGAUGGAUGCGAACAUGACUGUCUUCAUGCGCGAGCUUCGGAUCGCCUUGAUGGACUCUGCAAGCUUUAGCCUGGACUUCGACAACCAGAGCUUGGCGUACCUGUUCGUACAAAGGAACGCAACACAAAUCAUGCGAGAACUGUUGAUGAAGCUGCAAGCUUACGGAUGCGAGGACAUGCACCUGAGUCACGCCUACAGCAGCCACCAGAGCGGUGAUCCUCGGGCUUUUCUGCAGCUGGCUGACCACUGGGAGCUUUCGGCCCUUGCUGCGCAGGGCUGCGAGGCCAUCAUCAGUGGAGGCAACUUUGCCCUCCGACCGCCGACCUUGGGUCCUCAGGCCGGGGGGAAUACCGUCGUGCUCUCGCGCCACCUGCUGGUGCUUGCGCAGGGUCGGGGCUGUGAGGUGGUGCCGGGCCCCUCCGCGCCGACCCUGAACUGCCGAGAUCUUGGUCCGCCAAGUCAUUUCCACUCGGUGAACAACAGCUACCUCAGCCCGACCUUCGUGGGCUGCGUGGCGCGGAUCUUCCACGCCUGCGCCGGGCGCAGCGCCUCAGCGACGCUCACGGCCUUUCGCAGCGCCUGCCAGGCCACCUGUGCUGUCCUGAUGCUCUUCGGGUACAUCCGAAUGCUGUGCAUGCGAGUGGGAUGUCAGCGCCGGCAAGACACCGAUCAGAGUUGGCUCCGAGUGGCCAUCCAGCAAGCGCUGACGCUGGCCAGCUCCCGCGUGGGGGUUGGGCUCCGAGGCUGUUCAGUUAGGGAGUCCGAGACGGAGGCGAAGAUUUCAGGAAGUGCCUGGAGCCCCAACCUGAAGGCCCCAAGCCCACAGCUCAUCCUGCUUCAUUCGGGUCAGUCUUCUGAGGAGGCGGCUCUUCUUGAAUGGGUCUUUGUUGCGUUCUCGUUGCUUGACGGCCCAGCUGGCUGCCCCAAAACCCUGAAAUUUAUCAAGACCCUGAAACUAAAUCCCUGA